CAGGGCCCGGUGACGUCAGAGCCCGUGUCUGUGUGUUGCUCUUCCCACAGGCUCUUCGGCCAGAAGUUAUUAGUCAGCUCGGGACGAGGCAGUUUCCCAUUCCAUUUCCUCAUCUGUAGGCUUCUGCCUUAAGCCUCCUGUAUGGUGGAUAUUCUACCCCAUCCUUCUUUCUUGGGUGAUAUGGGGGAUCAUUCAAAAAGGGUGCAGUCGGUGGACACUAAUCCCUGCUUUCCGUAUCCAGAGAAGUCUGGGAUCGCCAUGUGUGUAGGCUGUGGAAGUCAGAUCCACGAUCAGUACAUCCUGCGAGUGUCCCCGGACCUGGAGUGGCACGCAGCCUGUCUGAAGUGCGCAGAGUGCAGUCAGUAUCUGGACGAGACCUGCACUUGCUUUGUCCGAGACGGAAAGACUUAUUGCAAGAGAGAUUACGUACGGUUAUUCGGGAUCAAAUGCGCCAAAUGUAACAUCGGUUUCUGCAGCAGUGACCUGGUGAUGAGGGCCCGGGAUAACGUCUAUCACAUGGAGUGUUUCAGAUGCUCGGUGUGCAGCAGGCAUCUGCUCCCGGGAGAUGAGUUCUCUCUGCGGGACGAGGAGCUGCUCUGCCGCGCGGACCACGGGCUGCUGAUGGAGCGCGCUGCAGCCGGAAGCCCCAUCAGUCCCGGACACAUUCACCCCAACAGGCCCCUGCACAUCCCAGGUAAACCUGUACCAGUCCGACAGCCACCUCACCGGAAUCACGUUCAUAAGCAGUCUGAGAAGACCACGCGCGUGCGGACAGUAUUAAACGAGAAGCAGCUUCACACUCUCCGGACGUGUUAUAACGCGAACCCGCGACCGGACGCGCUGAUGAAAGAACAGCUCGUGGAGAUGACCGGCCUGAGCCCACGCGUCAUACGAGUGUGGUUUCAAAACAAACGCUGCAAAGACAAGAAGAGGUCCAUUCUUAUGAAACAACUCCAGCAACAGCAGCACAGCGACAAAACGAAUCUUCAGGGUCUCACGGGGACGCCUCUGGUGGCAGGCAGCCCGAUUAGACAUGACACCACAGUGCAGGGAAAUCCUGUCGAGGUUCAGACCUAUCAGCCCCCGUGGAAAGCCUUAAGCGAAUUCGCCUUACAGAGUGACCUGGACCAGCCUGCUUUCCAACAGCUGGUGUCAUUUUCCGAGUCGGGUUCGCUGGGUAACUCGUCUGGUAGUGAUGUGACCUCUCUGUCGUCGCAGUUACCCGACACCCCCAACAGCAUGGUGCCCAGUCCCGUGGAGACGUGAGAGCCCACCGGAGGACUCCCGCCCCAGCAUGCCCUCACCCGCCCUGCAUGAAGACCCAUCACCUCACCGCCUCGCACGGAAAAGGGAUUAACCGAGAUGGAUUUAAACCGUUUGCCAAACGGAGGAGCCCGUGCAAGCGACUUUGGGGUUUACAGACGUGUUACAAAACUGUUUUUUAAAGCAUUGGGACCGUAAUUCGAGGACGUCCUGCGGAAUAUGAACAUAUUAUUUUGGUUUUGAUUAUGGACCACUGUCAUCAUUACGAAACAACAGUCUUAACAGUGUUUAUUCAAGACCAUCCUUGUGUAGCUGUAUCAAGUGGUAUUUUCCUUGUAAGACAAAAAUACUUUUUUGUCUUAAUGCGCAUGAUCUCCGAAGAUGUAUAAAAACUUGAGCUGUAAAAUAUUUUAUCGUAAAGAAUGGAGGAAAGAUUGUAUAAACUUCGCGAUUUUAAAAAAGUAAGUUAUUGUUAUUUAUUGUGAGGACAACCGUCCAUACCAAAAACUGAGAAAUUAACGAAAUAAACGACUUUAAAUGCUG